UCUCCGGCUUCCGCUGCAGCCAAUAGCAAGGGAGGCGGCCGAGGGGGAGGCUGCUGGGAGCCCCAGGGGCGCAGCAGAGCAGCGCCGCUGGCUCGAGGCUUCACAGCUCGGCGCGCAUCUCCCCUGCUCGCCAGGGCUGCUAGGGAGGCGGCGGCGGCCACGGCUCAGGGAGCGCGUCUGUGCUGGGAGACAGCGCGGCCGCUGCGGCUGGGCUUCGGCGACCGCCCAGGGCUGAGGAUGCUACUGCUCCUGGUCCUGCCCUUGCUGCUGGGGGCGGCUUGCGCGGCUCCGGCGGCGGAUGGAGGCGCCCAGCUGCCGCCCGGGAAGCCGGAGCCGAGUUUCCCUCGGGAGGAGGCCAGUCUGAACGAAAUGUUCCGCGAGGUGGAGGAGCUGAUGGAGGACACGCAGCACAAGCUGCGGAACGCGGUCAAGGAGAUGGAGGCUGAGGAAGAAGGGGCAAAAAACCCAUCAGAAGUUGACUUUGAAAACUUACCUCCCAGCUACCAUAAUGAAUCCAACACAGACACCAAAAUUGGUAAUAAAACCAUUCAUACCCACCAGGAAAUUGACAAGGUUACAGAUAACAAAACUGGAUCAACAAUCUAUUCUGAGACUUUUAUUACAUCUAUAAAAGAUGGAGAAAGCAAGAGGAAUCAUGAGUGCAUAAUUGAUGAGGAUUGUGAGAUAGGGAGAUAUUGCCAGUUCUCCAGUUUCGAAUACCUAUGUCAGCUCUGUAAAACCCAACAUUCACCUUGCUCCCGAGAUGUUGAAUGCUGUGGAGACCAGCUUUGCGUCUGGGGUGAAUGUGUGGAAGCUGCUUCAAAAGGCGAGAAUGGCACAAUUUGUGAAAAUCAACAUGACUGUAAUCCUGGGACCUGCUGUGCUUUUCAGAAAGAUCUUCUGUUUCCUGUGUGUACUCCACUACCUGCAGCAGGAGAACCUUGCCAUGAUCUUUCAAACAAACUCCUGAACCUAAUCACAUGGGAACUGGAACCAGAUGGAGUGCUUGAGCGCUGCCCAUGUGCAAAUGGCUUGAUAUGCCAGACUCACAGCCACAGCACCGUGUCUGUAUGUGAAGUGUCUUUUAAUGAAACCAGAAGUAACGAAAAGGAAGAGCCUUUGCUCAUGGAUGAAAUACCGUUUCUUGGUUUGAUACCCAGAGACGUGCUUGACGAUUAUGAAGACAGCCGUAUCAUUCAGGCAGUGCAGAAGGAAUUAGAAAGCCUGGAAGGAAAUAUUUCUGAACAGACAGAUUUAAAGGAGCCAGACUUAGCUCAUGAUCUGCUCUUUGGAGAUGAGAUUUAAAUUAAACACAGGGUAGAUUGGUCACUGACAAAUUAAAUUUCUAGAAGUAUUUAGUAUUUUGCUUGUAUAAAUUCUGAAAACACACAGUGCUGGAUAGAAGUGCAAUAAAUAUUUUAAAGGGAUUUCUUCCUAUUCUCUUCCCCAAAACCUGCACAGACUUUUUUUUUUAAUCCAAGCGGAAGGUUGGUCAAGUGUGGGCCAACGGUCACAGGUUUUUUUUGGACUAGUUACUCUGUCCUUACUAGUUUGGUAUUAAGGGAAAUGAGCAUAAUGUGUCAAAGUGUUAAUGUUUCAUACAUAAUCAUUUAAAUUAUUGGUGACCCUCAAGUGAAAGUUUUGAGCAUUGCAUUUUCUGUACAUAUGUUUGGAAUAGUUGUUAUUGUUCUGGGGUGAGGAAGAACCCACUUCUUUGUUUAGGUUGAUUAUUUUCGGGCAUUGGUCUUCAGCCAUGUAUGUGUUUCUUUUAAAAAUAUAUAAUCACAGUGAAGUUGCAAUAAAUAUAG